CUUCUUCUGUAGGUGUUGCAGCAUCCCUGGAAGUGUCAGAGAGCCCUGGGAGUAUCCAGGUGGCCCGGGGCCAGACGGCAGUCCUGCCCUGCACUUUCACCACCAGUGCUGCCCUCAUCAACCUCAAUGUCAUUUGGAUGGUCAUUCCUCUCUCCAAUGCCAACCAGCCUGAACAGGUCAUCCUGUAUCAGGGUGGACAGAUGUUUGAUGGUGCCCCCCGGUUCCACGGUAGGGUAGGAUUUACAGGCACCAUGCCAGCCACCAACGUCUCCAUCUUCAUUAAUAACACUCAGCUGUCAGACACAGGGACCUACCAGUGUCUGGUCAACAACCUCCCAGACAGAGGGGGCAGGAACAUCGGGGUCACUGGUCUCACGGUGUUAGUUCCCCCUUCUGCCCCACACUGCCAAAUCCAAGGAUCCCAGGAUCUUGGCAGCGAUGUCAUCCUGCUCUGUAGCUCAGAGGAAGGCAUUCCUCGGCCAACUUACCUUUGGGAGAAGUUAGACAAUACCCUCAAACUACCUCCAACAGCCACUCAGGACCAGGUCCAGGGAACAGUGACUAUCCGGAACAUCAGUGCGCUGUCCUCAGGUUUGUAUCAGUGCGUGGCUUCUAAUGCCAUUGGAACCAGCACCUGUCUUCUGGAUCUCCAGGUUAUUUCACCCCAGCCCAGGAACAUUGGACUAAUAGCUGGAGCCAUUGGCACUGGUGCAGUUAUUAUCAUUUUUUGCAUUGCACUGAUUUUAGGGGCAUUCUUUUACUGGAGAAGCAAAAAUAAAGAGGAGGAAGAAGAAGAAAUUCCUAAUGAAAUAAGAGAGGAUGACCUUCCACCUAAAUGUUCUUCUGCCAAAGCCUUUCACACCGAGAUACCGUCCUCAGAGAACAACACGUUGACUUCUUCUAAUACUUACAACAGUCGGUACUGGAGCAACAAUCCAAAAGUUCACAGAAACACAGAGUCAUUCACCCACUUCAGUGACUUGCACCAGUCUUUCUCCCUUCAGUCGGGCAAUGCCAGUAUACCAUCCAUUUAUGCUAACGGGAACCAUCUGGUCCCCGGUUCUCAUAAGACUCUGGUAGUGACAGCCAACAGGGGGUCAUCACCACAGGUCAUGCCCAGGAGCAAUGGCUCAGUCAGCAGGAAGUCUCGGCCUCCGCACACGCACUCCUACACCGUCAGCCACGCAACCCUGGAGCGAAUCGGUGCAGUACCCGUCAUGGUGCCAGCCCAGAGUCGGGCCGGGUCGCUGGUGUAGAACAUGAGGGAGCAUCGUGUUCACAGACGAGUAAAUGGAAGGUCCUCACAUGCGGAGGAGGUUGGGGUGGGUGAGCGGUGGGAAAGAAACACUUUCCUUGUCAUUAUAUUAGUAAAAAGCACAAAGAAGGCAAUGCUGUUACCUGGCCACUGGGGUACGUGAAAUGGACUGGAAUCCUCCACCAGGAAGACUUGUUUUCCUGCCACGGGUGUCCUGGGAUUCUGUUCGAAAAGCUGGAGCUCAGAGAUGUGCCAAGCCAAGGAAAAAGAUACAAAAGCAGAAAGCACCUUCAAACCCAAACUGCGGCCCAGAUGGGCUUGUUCUUUAAUUGAUGCCUAACUUAAUUUUUCAAAAGACUAAAGUGCCAGAUGGAGUUUAAAUAUUGAAAUUAUUUAAAAACGUAGUUGUCAUUAAGGAAAUAACGUGCAGCCCUGAGGUAUGUUCUGCCUCUCCCCAUUCCCUCCUUAUAGAAGAGGGCUUAAUGGCGUAAAUGGUUAAUGUUGGUCCCCACAGGACUGGCUGUUCUAUCAUAUAAUCAAAACUUUUUACACAAACAAAAUUAGGUAAGAAAUAGGGGGAAACAAAGGAAACUUCUUUGGGAAGCCCCUCAGUAUUUAUUUAUUUAUCAGUUUCUUCCUGAACCACGAAUUUCAUAUUUGGAAUAUUGCUAUAUUGACAGAUUCUUGCCUGUCUACAUUAUUCUAGGAUCUGAUACAGGUCCAUGGCAAUUACUGUUCAUUUUUCCUGGAAAAAGUAUUUUUUUAAAGAAAAGUUUUUUUUUUUUUUUUAAAAAUACAUGAGUGGCAUUGGGCUAGGAAAUACAGCGUGUUCAGCACCUUAUUCAGUGAUUGUGUCUAGAGAGCCCACAGGGAAAUGCGACAUCAUGAGAGGGUGAGGUCAUGUGGGCAGCACAGUGGCAGGCAGGUGAGGCUGAGGGCUGUGGCCUUGCUGGGCAGCCUCUCAAAGCAAGGCCGUCCAGGUCUCCCUCGCUGUCUCACUAGGACGCGCUUAAUGAGGGCAGCACCUGAUGCCUUUUACACUGAGGUGGACAACUUCCUCCUUGUUUGACAAGUAGAGGUUACUAGAUUGUUACAGGGAGGGCAGGACUUGUUUUUGUUUUGGCUUUUUUCAAAAUAAUUCUGUUUGUAAAAGAGAGAAGACUUGAGACAAAAGGAACGUCUCCCGAUGUGCUUCUGGAAGGGUCAGGCCUGUAUCUGUGACGGCUCAGGUCACAAUGUUACCCAGAUGCAGUUUACACCACGGUAAAGAGACGCCUUUGUGGUUACUUUCCUGCUUUGGCUGCCUUUGCAGCUCGCCAGGUUAAUUUACAAACUCCCCACUCUAUUUUGUGCGACGUAGAUCUGACCAUAGUGUUGAUGACUGUCUUGCCUUAAUCACACUUUAAGCAACCCACACAUUUCUUCCAAGGUUGGUUUUCUAAAUUAUUUAUGGUACUGACUCCAUGAUUUUUAAAGAGUGUCUCUUUUUCCUGGCUGUGUUUUCUCACUCUCUCUCCCACCGUGCUUUUUGCCCUCUUUUCCUGCCAGCAUAAUUUUCGCAGACAGUGGACGCCUGACCUUUUCCCGGUUAUUUGAAUGAGUGGAAACCAUCAGCUGCAGCAAACGCUCUUUUUCCAAGAAGGUCACACUCAGAACCUAACCAUUUCAAUAUCGAUAAAAAGAUGGAUUUACUUUAGCAUUACUUAUUUUUUCCAUUUGAUGGUUCUUGACUUUGUAAAAAUUUGAAUAAACGAAUGUCUAUACUUUUUAUAAGGAAAAGUGAAAAUACUGUGGCAAAAAGAUGAUACUAUCAGAUGCUAUGUAGAAAGCAUUUAUCUUGCAUUUCUUUAUUCUUUCUAAUUAUCUAAAAUUCAAUAAAAGUUUAUUCAUGUA